UUCUGGUCACGUGACCGGCACCAACGCCGGGCUGGAGAGGGGCCCGCCGCUUGGUGCGCACUCUGCACUGCACGUGGCCGGCGCGUGAGGACAGUGACCGCCGCGAGUGCUCUGCUGCAGUGCGGAGCCGCCGGAGAACGACGGGCGGGCAAGAGCGGAUCGGUGGAACAAGCCCAGUGCAGCGGCAGCGCCAUGGACCUGAAGAUGGGCACACAACUGGCUGAGGGGAAGACGAAACGGAUCCUCGAGGUGGCCGACCGGCCCGGCCUCGUAUAUUUGGCCUCCAAGGAUGCCAUAACCGCCCACAACGGCAUUCGCAAGGGCCAGAUGGAGGGCAAGGGCGUCGUCGCCACCACCACCUGCGCUGUCGUCUUCAAGUACCUGACGGCAGUCGGGAUCCGGACGGCGUUCGUGGAGCAAGCGGCGCCUGACACGCUGCUGUGCCGCCGCUGUGACAUGGUGCCCAUCGAGUGGGUGACCCGGCGCGUGGCCACCGGCUCCUUCCUCAAGCGCAACCCCGGCGUCAAGGAGGGCUACCGCUUCAGCCCGCCAAAGCUGGAGCUCUUCUUCAAGGACGACACCAAGGGUGACCCGCAGUGGAGCGAGGAGCAGGUGCUGGCGGCGGCGUUCUGCUGCGCCGGCCGCGCCAUCGGGCCCGACGAGCUCCGCUUGAUGGGCAAGACCACCGUGGCCGUGUUCAGCGUGCUCGAGAGGCUCUGGAGCAGCCUGGGUGUGGCUCUCGUCGACAUGAAGAUCGAGUUCGGUGUCGACAAGGAGACUGGCGAAAUUCUGGUUGCGGACGUCAUUGACAACGAUUCUUGGCGCCUGUGGCCGGCGGGCGACAAGCGGCUGAUGAAGGACAAGCAGACGUUCCGCGACGCUGUGGACGUCACCCCUGAAGUGAUGCGGGACCUGAAGAAGAAUUAUGAGUGGGUGGCCGAGCAGCUAGUCGGGUUCAACAUGAGCCGCCACCACCAGGCGGUGAUCAUCAUGGGUUCGCCUAGUGACGCCGACCACUGCGCCAAGAUCCGGCAGCACCUCUCCCAUCUGGGCGUGUCUGCCGCGGUGCGCGUUUCUUCGGCGCACAAGGGCACCGAGGAGACGCUCCGCAUCGUAGCCGAGUACGAAGGAACCGGCGAACCGGUGGUCUUCAUCGCCGUGGCCGGCCGCAGCAACGGCCUGGGCCCCGUGCUGUCGGGCAACACAGCCUUCCCGGUCAUCAACUGCCCGCCGACGCCGACGGUCGACUCCGACGUGUUCUCGUCGCUCCGCACACCGUCCGGCCUCGGCUGCAGCACGGUGCUGUACCCGGAGGCGGCGGCGCUGGCGGCGGCCGCGUGCUUCGCGCUCAGUGAUCCGACGCUCUGGUCCCGGCUGGCGGUGCGUCGCCUCGCCAACUGGGCCAAGCUGAGCGCCGCCGACGCCGCCCAGCGAGCCGCCGCCGAGUGAGGGCCUCGCGCGGGGCCACGCCGUCGUGGGGGCGCCGACGGCGAAUGUCGCUCUCGUAGAUUGUACCGGUAGCAUGGAUUGGUUAGCGCGCAGCAAGGUGAAGACGUUUGGCGGCGUGCAUAUGGCGCCGGAAGCUAUCCCCUCACAGCUGACUAGUGAGUUACAUAUUCACAUGAGUUAUCAAUGUAUCUGAUGUUCGAUUUCAUGAGCGCGUUGAGUAUCCUCAGCAGUUUUGUAUCAGUGCCAAAGGAUGAAAUAUAUCUGAAACGCAAUAGUUGCGCACAGCUACUGGGAA